AAUGGAGCUAAAUAUAUUGGAGGAUGAACUGCUGCUACCACUGCAGGAGGAAUGCUCCAAGGAUUACAUCUCUCAUCAUGCGAAGACUCCUGAAGUAACCAUGGAUGAGUUGAACCCUUUUCAGAAAUAUCAGCUGAACAAAAGAUUCCUGACUGCUCAAGGGCUUAUUGCUGAUGUGGUAGAUUAUCUUGACCAUGUGACCAACUUCACCGAUUCAAGAGAUACCCUAUUAUUUCUAUUGCUAGUUUCUUUUGUAUUGUAUACAAUUCAGUACUUCUUCAUCUAUUUCCCUCUUCUGGUGAUACUAAAGGUCAUGCACAAUAUGACUAAAAAGCAGGAGUGCAAGGACAGAGAACUUAACUUGAAAAGAAGUUACCUAAUAAUCCAAAGAGUAAUGAAAGACACUUGUGAACUCGUUGAUUUCUACGACCUCUUCAUGAGAGAUUACCUUCAUUGGGGAGAUCGAAGGAAGACCAUUUUAUUAAUCACAGAGAUGGCUAAGUUAUCCAUCACAGGUGUUUCAUUUAUUUAUGUUCCACUUAAUGUUCUAUUAAUUAUUGCACUUUGGAUCAAAGUUCUCCAGAGAUCACAUUUCUUUUUCUGUCUGUUUAAUGUAAUUAAAGAGUUCAACCGAAAUAUGGUUGAGAGGUUCCUAGGUACUAGGUUUAGAAACAUUCUGGACCCUCCAUUGGAGGGCCUCAUCGAAGAAUUCAGGAAAGAAGACAACGGGUUUGCAAAAGAUAAUUUUCUCCCUUUUGAGCUCAUCCCAAAGCCAAGUGACGAAGACACAAAUGGCUCUGAGACUGAUGGAGAUAGUACACCCUUUCUGAAGAAGUUGUUCAGAAGAAGUACUCGGAAGCCUAAAGAGAAUGUGUCAAUCAGGAAGUAUUCUCCUUCAGAUCAUUCAUUAUUCACGAUGAGGCAAAGCAGCCGGCAUGACUCCUCAGAAAUGACUUCUGAGACACCCAUAAAGAAUUUCAUCAAGAAGAUCUCGAAUAACUUGAACAGACUCACUGAUGAGAUUUUCAAAGACAAAAUUCCUGAAGAUUCCCUCAUUGAUGAUGUCAGGGAGAUUGCUAGUCAAGAAGAAAUAUCUAUUAUAGAAGAUUUUAAAAUUAACACCUCUAUCGUUGACCGUUUUGCUUCCCAGCAGAAGCAGCCUAGGAAGAGACUCAUGCAAGUAAAGCCCAAAACAUCACCAAUCUAUCGGGAAGUUGGUGAGGAGCUUGAAAUAGAUUCCUCCUUCGAAGUUGCACUCAAGGUGGAUGAGUCUAACUUCUCAUCAGUGAGCAAUACUAAUUCAAAUAAAAUAGAAUUAACCUGUUCCAAGCCUCUUCGAGGCUUGAGAAAAGGCCAGAAUAUUGGCCUAAAAGUUCCUAAAAAGUAGCUAAUUUACAUUUUCUC